AUGGCGUUCGCCACGCGCGGGAUGUGGACCCUGCGGGCCGCCGUCCGCCCGGGGGCCUGGCUCUCUCGCGUGCCCGCCGGAAGCGCCGUCACCAAGGACGCGUCUCUCCCCGAAGCCGAGUGGCAGGUGGCGGAGGCGAAAGCGCUGGUCCACACGCUGGACAGCUGGGCGGUGGUGGAGACGAUGGUGGUGCCGACCAAGACGCCCGACAGCAAGCUCAUCUUCGGCAAGGGCACCCUGGAGCACCUGACGGAGAAAAUUAGGGGAUUGUCGGGAAUCACGGCUAUUUUCCUGAAUGUGGAGAGGAUGUCUGCGCCCACCAAGAAAGAGCUGGAGGCCGCCUGGCGCGUGCAGGUGUUUGACCGAUUCACGGUGGUCCUGCACAUCUUCCGCUGCAACGCCCGGACCAAGGAGGCACGGCUGCAGGUGGCCCUGGCCGAGCUCCCCCUGCUCAGGUCCAAAAUGAAAAACAACCUGGACGGAUAUGGAGGUAGCUCUCGCUACAUCAUGGGGUCAGGAGAAUCCUUCAUGCAGGUGCAGCAGCGUCUCAUGAAAGAAAAGGAAAUGAAGAUUCGCAAGGCCCUGGAGAGACUCCGGAGGAAGCGGCAGCUCCUGGGGCGGCAGCGCAGGCGGCGGGAGUUUCCGGUGGUCUCUGUGGUGGGGUACACCAACUGUGGGAAAACCACGCUGAUCAAGGCUCUGACGGGGGACUUGGCUGUGCAACCCCGGGACCAGCUGUUCGCGACGUUGGACAUCACGGCCCACGCGGGUUCCCUGCCAUCCCGCAUGACCGUCAUCUACAUGGACACCAUCGGCUUCCUUUCCCAGCUGCCCCACAGCCUGAUCGAGUCCUUCUCUGCCACCCUGGAGGACGUGGCCCACUCGGACGUAAUUGUGCAUGUGCGAGACCUGAGCCACCCCGAGACGGAGCUGCAGAAGGUCAGCGUGCUCGCGGCCCUGCGCGGCCUGGGUCUUCCUGCCCCGCUCCUAGACUCCGUGCUGGAGGUGCACAACAAGGUGGACCUGGUGCCCGGGUAUUGUCCGUCAGAGCCAGGUGCCAUCGCCGUGUCUGCCCUCCUGGGGCUGGGCCUGGAGGAGCUUAAGGCUGAGCUGGAGGACGCUGUGUUGAGAGCCACGGGGAGACAGGUCCUGACCCUCCGAGUGCGGCUGGCAGGGCCCCAGCUGAGCUGGCUGCACAGAGAGGCCACGGUGCAGGACGUGCAUGUGGUCUCAGAGGCCAACGUUGCCGACGUCAAGGUCAUCAUCAGCAACUCCGCCUACGGGAAAUUCCGGAAGCUCUUUCCAGAAUGACUGGACAGCUGUGGCCUGGGGAUAGUCCUUUCAGCCUGAGAAUUAGGCCGGUCCCUCCUCUGUGAUCGUGGCUGGAUAUCGGUGGUCGUGGUCAGACAUGUGGGCGCCUCCUGUGGACUAGUUUCCCGCCCGGACAUUUCAGCUACUGGAUGUUAAACCUCGGUUCUUGUGUUCACAAACUAGCCUUUGUCCAAAGGAAAUCUAACUUCUGGAUUUGUUCACAGCAGGAAGUCACAUCCUGGAGCAAAACUGCAGAGACUGCUGCUCCGAAUGCCGACAGGCCGGAGACAGAGUCCUGGCCUCACAAACCUAGCCGAGGUCUUUCAGCUUUUGGAGACUCACAUGCUUCCCAGAGACCCGAGAGUGAGCACGUUCCUAAAUGAAAUGCUGAGGGGAAGGGAGGCUCUCUCCCUUUUCUCACCCAGAAAAAGUUUUUAUGUAAUUUUUUUCCUUAGAUGUGUUUUUGCUGUUACAGGGUGUUUCUUAAGUUGUCCCAGACGUCAGCAUCCUGAGAAAAUACUCUCUCCCCGUCUCCUGAGCUUGUAGGCAGCAUGUGGGUAAACCUCCUAAACACUCCAGAGCAGGUCCUUGUUUAUGAGGCUCCAAGACACACAGUGAACAGGCCCUGUCACGUCCUCACACCACCCCACCCCUGGCUGCCUGACUCAGCCAUGCUGGGGAAACUCAACUUGGGAAGGUAUGGAAGCCAGAAUCCUGUCCCCAGAGAUGUCCACAUCCUGACCCUGGGGACCUGUGAUGUCACCUUAAUGGGCAAAAGGACCAUGCAGACAAGACCAAGGUCAGGGUCCUGAGAUGGGGAUGAGUGCGUUACCCUGGUGGCCCUACAUGGGUCCCUUUAUUAGGUCCUCACAGGGUCCUAAUAAAGGGAGGUGGCAGGUCACAGUCAGACAGGAUGUGAGGACAGACCCAGAAGCUGAGUCAGAGGAAGCUGAGAGCCAUGGUGCUGGCUCUGCAGACGCAGGAGGGGCCACCUACCCAGCCUUGCAAGUGCCUCCAGAAGCUGGAGACAAGAACACAGACUGUCCCUGCAGCCUCCAGAGGAGCCAGCCCUGGGACACCUGACAGCCCCGUGAGACCCACUCAGACUCCUGACUCUAGAACUGAGUAAAUCUGUGCUGUUUGAAGCUUC